AUGGCCCGCGUCUUGGUACUGUGCACCUUCGCCGCUGUGGUGGCCUGCGCCAUGGCCUCCUCCCAGCAGAGCGUAUCAGUUUCUUCAAGACCAUCACAGGUCACAGGAGGUAGUGCAGGAAGCCACGUUGGAACCUGGGGAGGCUGGGGUGGCCACUACCCAGGAGGCUAUUGGGGUGGUUACUAUCCAGGAGGCUACUGGGGUGGUUACUACCCAGGAGGCUACUGGGGUGGUUACUACCCAGGUCAUUGGGGUGGCAACUGGGGAGGCAACGGCCGGGGUCAGCUACAGCAGCAACAGCAGAGGCUGUAA